UUUACGUAAAGGUUACGUCAGAGUAGUUUUGACAAGCAUGAGGCGCAUACUCAGUGUGAGUUUAUUAAGACAUUUUAGCCUGUUUGGUAGAAAUCACCCCUCUCGUAUCAGCCUGUCUGUUGGGGAACGGGGCGCUUUUGCACGAAAUUUUUGCAGCAAAACGAUAAGUGACGGCAGCACCAUGGAUCUGAGCAAUAUGAGGAAGAAAUAUAGAGGGGAACAAGAGUGCUUUGAGGAGAGUCAACUUGGAUCUUUGGACCCCAUCAAGGAGUUUGGAAACUGGCUUGAUGAAGCAACAAAGUGCCCUGUGAUUGAAGAGGCCAAUGCUAUGUGCAUUGCCACAGCCUCCAAGGACGGACGUCCAUCUGCGCGUGUGGUCCUCCUGAAAGGUUACAGCCAUGAAGGUUUCCGCUUCUUCACAAACUAUGAGAGCAGAAAAGGCAAUGAGUUGGAGAGCAAUCCAUACGCAUGCCUGGUUUUUUACUGGGAGCCACUUAACAGACAGAUUCGUAUUGAGGGCUCAGUGGAGAGGAUCCCCUACCAGAACUCCUGUGAUUAUUUCCACUCCCGGCCGAAGAGCAGUCAGAUCGGGGCCGUUGUGAGCCAACAGAGUACACCAAUUCCUAACAGAGAUUAUUUGAGGCAGAAAAAUGCUGAACUGGAGGAAAAGUACAAGGACACAGAAGUACCAAUGCCAGAUUACUGGGGCGGCUACACAGUCAAGCCUCACUCAAUUGAGUUCUGGCAGGGUCAGACCAACAGACUCCAUGACCGCAUCGUUUUCACCAAGGUGAAGGACGGAGAGAAACGGGGGGAGUUCCAGCACGAAGCCGAGGGAGGCUGGGUGUACCAGCGACUUUCUCCAUAAGACCCACCUCCACAGAUGUUCCAUCCAGAACACCACGAACUUAAAAAGUAGCCAACAUCUGAAGGUACUGGUGGAAAACCAUUUGAAGUUUGUUAAAUCUGUGUCGACUGUGCCUGUAGAUUCUUUGACUUGAACCAUCUGAACCUGCGACCUGACUGUAACACGAAACUUCAUGUUUUAUUUUGGCUUUAAAAAGAAACAAGGAAAGUUUGCCUCCUCAGACACAAAUUAGUCACAGCUGGUUGUUUCCUCAACUUCAGUGUCUUCACAUCUUAAAAAGAGCACAGUUGUCUUUCAAGUGCAAAUUCAGUUUAUGGGCUUUUGCUAAAGUAUUUGCACCCCUCCAUGUCUUUCACAUUGUCUCCUGUUAAAUGUUUGGUGGAAUUCUUUAGGCCUUUAUAUGAUAGAGAAACCCAACAUAGUGCAUAUCGUGAAGUAAAUGUUUACUUUUCAAGGAAAAAGUUUUAGAAAUGUUUUGUGCGUAUCUUUUCGGUCCCUGUUGAAGAUAAACAUAUCCACCAUCCUUUUUUUCAGAGUUGCCAUGGUGUAUUUAUGGUGAUGUGUAAGUUUUACUCCACAUAGAGCUUUGAAUGUAGUCCAUUAAGUUUAAUUUUGGCCUUAUUGGAGCAAAGCAUCUUCAUGUUUCUCUGACCCAUGAAGCCUUUGCUGAACAGCUGUGCAAGAUUAGAUUAAUUUUGCUCUGGAUGUUUUGUUUAGGGCUAAGGGAGUAAAUACAAAUGCACACCAACUUUUUAGACUUUAAUUUGAAAAAUAAAAUAUAAAUAAAGAUGUUUUCCGUUCCAUUUCACAAUUACUGGGUAGGUUGUGUUUUGUCCAUCCCCAAAUAAAAUACAAUGAAGUAUCUGGAUAUAAUGUGACAAAAUAUGAAGAAGUUUAAGGGUGUGAAUACUUUUUCAAGGUUCUGUAGCUAAUGUCAUAAUUUAUGUCUAGAAUAAUAUUUUACAGUGAAAGAGAGAAAACUGUUUGAAGUAGAGUUCUGAUUUCAGUUUGAUGUUUUCUUGGUAAUACUUGAAAAAAUCAUUUCUAAAAUGGGAGUUUACAAUGGUUUUCCAGAUCCAUAAUCGUGUUGUUUUUUAGAUACAUGAUCAAACAUUUAAUAAUCCAGUAAAAAGCCUACAAACUGCGAUGACUAAAAAAUGUGAAAUAUAAAUAGCGUUCACAUGCAGCCUAUUAAAGUGAGGAAUAAAGUAUAAAUAAAGUAUAUAUUUGCCUUUUAACAUUGAGAUUAAAAGUGCUAAUGCUGUCAUGUACUACUUGAAAGCCAUUCAUUGUUAAAUUUGAAACUGUAAUAAAGUUUAAUUUUGAACAAAA